GCUUUUCACAUCACUCUGCAGUGUGAUUUCUUACAUGCAUUUUACAAAAACAACCUUAGCCAUCCAAGAAAUCUUGUCCGUUCUUCGCCAUCCAACAGAAAACGCCUUAUCUCACCAAAGGGAAAGCAACCUCCUUUCUCACAGAACCAGCAACACCGCAGCGACGUCAUUUUUUAUGGAGCCACCGUAGCGCCUGCUCUGCGAGCUUUUGGGUUGCUCAAGUUAUUGAUCCAAUUGUGCUCAACCCCUUUUUUCCCCUAUCCUUAUUUAAUGGUUUUGGAGGAGAUUUGAAUGUUGGCUGUUAACUUCACGUUGAGGAUGGCUGUCAUCACUGUUGCUGCAAAGUUAUGUCCCUCAGCGAUCUCUGGAGCCCCAGAGAAAACCUCGAAUCUUGUCCGUGAAUACAAACUACAAUCUAGGUAUCAAGUUGUGCUGCCACUUGAGGGACCAACAUUCAGUCGUCGAAAUGCCAUUAUUUGCAUCGGUUCUUCGCUGGCUUCUAUUGUACCUGUGAGCUAUGUCUUUGCCCCAUUACCGGCACUAGCUGAGGAGAAGUCGACUUCAGAGGAAGAUGAAGAUAAAGGAGUCAUUGGGGCAAUCCAAACCCUGUUCGAUCCAAAUGAGAAGACAAAAUCGGGCAAAGUAUUGCCGAAGGCGUACUUGAAAUCAGCGAGGGAGGUUGUGAAGACCCUGCGUGAAUCAUUGAAGGAAGACCCUAAGGAUAAUGCGAAGUUCAGAAGGACGGCAGAUUCAGCAAAGGAGUCGAUUCGAGAAUAUCUGAGCAACUGGAAGGGACAGUCGACAGUUGCAAACGAGGAAUCAUAUGUAAUGCUCGAGAAGGCAAUUAGGUCUUUGGCGAGUUUCUAUUCAAAGGCAGGCCCAUCUGCCCUGCUCCCAGAAGAGAUAAAGUCUGAAAUAUUGGCCGAUCUGAGUAAAGUUGAUGAAUUCUUGUGAAAAAAAAAAUAGCCCUUUACAGCUUUAGAACCACCAUUGUUAUUAGUUCACUGGCAGUGCCACUCGCAGCUCUAAAGUGCGGGGUCUCAAACUACUAUUUGUUGUAUUUAGAUCAUCAAUGUUGCUAUUUAUAUGAGCAUAGCAAUCAGGAAA